AUGCACCCCAAUCCCGAUUCGAUUGAUCCUUGUACGAAUUUCGAUCAACUUGUUUGCGGGGGUUUUUAUGAGGAGGACAUUCCAUAUGGCCAGAGCUCCGUUUCCACGCUGUCGCAGGUGGAGGAUCGAGUCCAAACCGCGUUACGCCAUAUUCUGGAAAAUCCCCGCACUAAUAUGAGUGAAAAUUUCAUCACACUUGAGACUUCAUAUAACGCUUGUAUGAAUAAAACACGGCUGGAGGAAAUCGGGGCAGCACCAUUACAGAAGCUGGUGGACAGUGUCAAACUCGACGCCGAUAAUCAAAAUAGCCUCGCCGAUGCCAUUAUCUCUCUAAUUGAUAUAGGAACUAGUUAUCCUAUCGAUUUUGGCGUUGAUGCUGAUUCAACAAAUCCCGAUGCGGUUAUCGUAUUCGUAGCUCUCACAACACACGUUGGGUUACCGUCGCCGCAUCUUUACAACGCCACGAAUGUUAUUGAGCUGUACGCGAAAGUUAUGGAACUGGUAUUGGGGGAUUUUGGGGGGUCAGAUGCGGCUUCUGUCGUAGACUUCGAGAAGAAACUAGCGGAGAUACAUAUUAACGCUCGGGGUUCUACAGUUAAAUACUCAUUGGCUGAUGCCCAAGCACUGUUGCCGCAAAUAUCCCUCGAACGAAUAAUAUCUGCCAAGGCACCCAUCGGCUAUAAGGCUGAGCAAAUCGUAAUCUAUCAGCCAGAAUCUUUUAAACAGCUCUCUAAACUCCUUGCUGAUACUCCAACACCUAUCCUCAACUCGUUCCUCAAAUGGAAAGUGAUCCAGAACUAUGCUUCAGAUAUUGAAGAUCCCAUUAUCAAGCCAUACCGACGAUUUCACAAUGCUCUUUCUGGCAAAGACCCUGACUCCGUUGGAGAGCGGUGGAGGAAAUGCGUUUCUGCCGUAAAUACUGACCUAGGAUGGAUUCUGAGCAAGUUCUUCAUUGAAAAGGCUUUUUCUGAGGAAGCAAAAAAGUUUGGCGACCAAAUUAUAUCGGACAUCAAGGAAGUGUUUGUGGAAACUCUUGAGGAAACAACGUGGCUAUCCGACCACGUCAGAAAGGAGGCAAUUGAAAAAGUUGGAAACAUUGUACCGAAAGUCGGAUAUUCAAGUAAGAGCCCAGAUGUCCGCAACGCGGAGGCUCUGAAGAACUUGUAUAAAGAUCUGACCGUUACGGACGCCUUUUUCGAUAAUCGUGUCCGUGCACAAAAAUUCCUCGCCACAAAAUACUGGUCCAAGCUAGGAAAGCCAACUAAUCGGGAUGCAUGGGAAACCACGAUGCCCACUGUUAAUGCGUACUACAACCCAACAGGCAAUGAUAUCGUUUUCCCUGCCGGUAUUAUGCAAAACCCUAUGUUCUAUCAUCCAUUUAUACCUAAAUACCUUACUUACGGCGCUUUUGGGUCGGUGGGCGGUCACGAGCUUACGCAUGCUUUUGAUAACUCGGGCAGACGUUAUGAUGAGCAUGGAAACAAGACGAAUUGGUGGGAUAACAGGACGAUGGAAGAAUUCACAAGUCGCGCCGAGUGCUUUGUUAAACAAUACUCAAAUUUCACGAUUGAGGGCCCAGACCAGAAAAUAUUGAAAGUCAACGGCAUGCAGACCCUAGGUGAAAACAUUGCAGACGCAGGCGGCUUGAAGGCCGCCUACCGUGCAUGGAAGAAACGCGAGGCUGCCUCCCCAUCGCAGUCUCUCCCUGGGCUUGGAAAUUAUACGCAUGAACAACUUUUUUUCAUAUCGUUUGGCUCGGUCUGGUGUGCAAAGAUGACGCCACAGGCAGCGGCGAUACGAGUACAGACGGAUGUGCAUUCACCCCAAUUUGCUAGGAUUUUGGGAACCGUGGCGAACUCUCCACAAUUCAGAGAAGCGUUCAACUGCCCUGUUAAGGAGCCGACGUGCGACUUAUGGUAA